AUGGGCCAAAACUUUCUUCGUCGGCUGCCCGCGAAUCGAGUGGCCAGUUGCCCGUGGCGGUUCGCGAUGUCCAAACGCGAAAGUAAAAGUUUUGCCAGCCUGGUGCUGAUAGUACUACUGCUUUUCGGUUUAAGCCAGGCUCGAUGUGAGUCCUCCAAGGACGAUUUCCCGCAGGCCAAGUUCGAAUGGCCCUCGUUUGCCUGGAUGCGAAAUAAAACCACAAAGGUUACGCCCGCGUUGGAUCUGAAGAACGACUACAGCCAAAUGGAGUUGGCCAACUUUGGUGACUUUGAUCGUCAUCCCUGCAGAAGAGUUUGCCAGCAGGGUCAAUCGCAGAACUGCUACUACCAACUGGUUGUGCACAAUUACCGGCGACUUGGACCGGAGUGCCAGAGAUGCCAGUUCGAUGAGCGGGCUUGUGCCUCGGAGCAUUGUAUUUAUGGCGAUGGAGUGGCAAAUCCAGUGAUGGCUGUUAAUCGCAUGGUUCCAGGACCAUCCAUAGAGCUAUGCGAAAACGAUACUGUCGUCGUGGAUGUGUUAAACUAUCUAAGUGAGCCAACAACGAUGCACUGGCAUGGAGUGCAUAUGCAUAGAACUCCCGAAAUGGAUGGAGCACCCUAUAUUACCCAGUAUCCUUUGCAGCCCGGUGAGGUUCAGCGCUACGAAUUCCAGGUGGAUCGAAGUGGUUCGUUGUGGUACCACAGCCAUGUGGGUUGGCAGCGGGGAUUCGGAGUGGCUGGUGCCUUGGUAGUGCGCCAAACGCGUCAGGAAAAUCAGCACUCGCAGCUUUACGACUACGAUCUAGUUGAGCACACCCUUAUGAUCCAGGAUAUCUUUUACGAAUACAACCUGCAGGAUGUGCGGAAUAUUCUGGUGAACGGAAAGGGUCGCAAUCAUCUUAGCCAACUGCCCGACAAUGAUAACCGUCAUCGGUAUGAACGACUUCGAGUUACUCCAGGCUAUCGCUAUAGGAUGCGAGUUAUCCUGAACGGAAUAGCCAAUUGUCCUGUGGAGUUCUCCAUUGAACAGCACAGGCUCUUGAUGAUCAGCACCGAUGGUAAUGAUAUUGAACCCGUGCUGGCAGAUGGCUUCUUCUUGACCUCCGCGGAGCGUUUUGAUUUUGUUUUGGAAGCUAAUCAGUACAAGAAAAACUAUUGGAUCAGGAUCAAAGGCUAUGAGCAGUGUGAGAAUCGAAAUAUUUAUCAAGGAGCUGUGCUCAGUUACCGCGGAUCUGCUCGCUCUGAGUUGCCACAAGGUGAUAUUCUGGAUAAGCCAAGUAGCAGGGCUGCAGAGGAGGAUCUAAUCUUGGUCAAUGACUUCCGAUUUAAGCCCGCAAAUUCCACAGCCAUAUCUUCACUUCGCCAAUCCUUAGAUAAGGAUAACAAUGUUGGUACCGUGGCCUUACGAUCCGUGGAUCCUGUGCCCUGGAGUCGUUACACCAAGUUCCUGACUCAUUACUCCAGUUUUGGUUCGAGAACAGCGCCAAACGGGGAGAUACUCUUUCAAAUCAGUGAUAUUUCGUACAAUUCGCCGGGAAUAUCACUGCUGCAGGGCAGGCAUCUCUACCAGGAUGAUGGAUACUUCUGCAACAAGAGCUCCCUGGCCGCAGAAGGACGAAAUUGUGAGCGUGAGCUUUGCGAGUGUGUUAAUGUGAUGAGGCUUCCGGCCUAUCGUCCUCUGGAGAUGGUUGUAGCCAAUUAUUUGGACACCACACAUCCCUUCCACAUACACGGCUUUACAUUCCGUUUGGUGGGCCAAGGAGUGCUGGGUAAUCUCAACGAUCUGCGCAAUAUUCAGGAGCUGGAUCGCAGAGGACGUCUUCCUCGUUUAUCGGAUGACAGCGCUGCCGUGGCCAAGGAUACUGUGCAAAUUCCUGGACAGGGAUACAUAAUAGUUCGAUUCAUCUCAAACAAUCCUGGAUUUUGGCUAUAUCAUUGCCAUGUUGAGGCACACGCCGUCCAAGGAAUGGUGGCGGUGCUGAAGAUCGGUGAGGAUCACCAGAUGAAAACCAUUCCGGCACGUGUGCGCUGUUGAGAAUUUGUUUUUAAUAUAAUCAUUUCCCCCACUUAA